AUGCAUGGUGCAGGUAACAGGACCGAUGAGGAGGCACCUCUACUCGGAUCGCACCGGAAAUCGACGGAGGAGUCGAAGUCCUGGCUGCGGGUGAAACGGCACAUGACGGCGGAUGUCAGCAAACAUUGGGCAGAUGCAGUAUUAUUAUUCUGCUACAUCAUCACAGGGUUGCUGGACAGCUCUGCCGUCUUCAUUUGGGGCAGCUUCGUGAGCAUGCAGACGGGCAACACGGUGUAUCUCGGUCUGGGGCUCGUAGCACCCAGCGAAGGCAUUCGAUGGAUCAAGGCUGUAACGUCAAUUGGAUUUUUCUGUCUCGGCUCGUUCUUUUUCUCGCAUUUCCACCGCAUCCUGUCUCCCCGCAAACGUUGGGUUCUGGUGGCGUCCUACUUCCUCCAGAUGCUCCUCAUCGUACUCGCGGCGAUGAUCCUCACAUUUGGGAGCAGUGACCAUUCCGACGAUCUCAAUUGGCAGGUCCUAGUCCCUCUUGCGUCUGUCGCAUUCCAAUCGAGUGGGCAGGCUGUCAUAUCACGUGUGUUUCACUACACCGGCUUGACCAGUGUUGUCCUCACGAGCAAUUACUGCGACUUGUUCGGCGAUGCGAAGUUGUUCGACCUGUCGAACGUAGAGCGAAACAGGAGACUCGCAGCACCAGCCCUACUGCUUCUCGGUGCUGUCAUUGGAGGCUUCUGGGCUCACAGCAGCGUGGGCAUGGCCGGCGCAUUGUGGACUGCAGUCGGCUUGAAGGCAGUCAUUGUCGCUGCUUGGUUCUUCUGGCCUGCCGCGUCGGAGGGAGAAUGGUAA